UUGUGUCUCGCGGAGGCCAGCACGCAGGAGUGGUUUGGAAAGUGGGGCCGUGUUGGUGAGCACUGUUCGCUGAGCACUGCGUAGCGACCCAAGGACUACCAAGUCAAGAGCCAAACACCGAAACAACACGGAUGAGAAAACGGAGACCAAAGUAAUCAUCAUCAUGAUCAUCAUCAUCAUCAUCAUCAUCAUGGCCCUGUCUGGAACACCUCUCAUAUGUCACACCCACGGCCCAAGGGGCAGAUGUUCUAGUCUCCUAUUUUAGAUGUGGGGCUAGUAAGUCUCGGGGGGCUAGGUAAGCGGCCCAGAGUCCCACAGAUUAGGUAAACUGGCUUCAGGUGGUGGUCCUUCUGAUGUCAGGGACUUGGAUCUUCAUCGUCACACACGGACACCGGGAAUAAGCUCCCUGACUUGCUGGAGUCACAAAGGAGUGGUUUUGCUCAGAAGCCCUGCCUUGCCCCAUCACUGUACCAAGACUCACACCUCCUCCUAACACAAAACCCAGUGUCACCUUCCGCUGAGAGCCAGGCCGGAGACGGAUGCUGAGAACCGGAAGGGUGUGUGAGGACUCCUUUGGCUCCACCCUCGCUUCUAACUGUUGCGGGUACCAGGUGCCCAGUCCCGAGGACCCAUGACAAUGGAGGCUCUCCCCAAGGCCCUGGAGGUCGAUGAGAAGUCUCCAGAAUUCAAAGACCUGCUGCCCAGCCAGACGGCCAGUUCCCUGUGCAUCAGCUCCAGAAGCGAGUCCGUCUGGACCGCCACGCCCCGGAGUAAAUGGGAAAUCUACCGCAAACCCAUCGUUAUCAUGUCGGUGGGAGGCGCCAUUCUCCUCUUCGGCGUGGUCAUCACCUGCUUGGCCUACACCCUGAAACUGGGUGAGAACAGCCUUAAGGUCCUUAAAAUGAUAGGGCCUGCCUUCCUGUCCCUGGGACUCAUGAUGCUGGUGUGCGGCCUGGUGUGGGUGCCCAUCAUCAAAAAGAAACAGAAGCAGAAAAAGAAGUCAGUUUUCUUCCAGACUCUCAAGUCCUUCUUCCUGAAUCGCUGAUGGUGGCCUCACCUUCUGUUCUCCCCGUCACCCUGCUGCCUCGACCAGGAGGAGACCUGACAACACCCAACAUCCCCAUCUUCUUGGUGGUGGUGGUGGUGGUGGAGGGGGUUUAGCCAUAAGAGAGCUGGGCAAAGCCUCUUCCUGGCCCUGUGGGAGGGAGCUCAGGGCUCCACAGCAGCUGGGGAACGCUGCUGGCUGGAUCUCAUUUCGUCUUUCUGACAUUGCUAUGCAUCCCUCAAUGCUGGCCAUAGCCAUCCCCUUCCAUGGCUCAUUCCCCACUCCUGCAUCCAGGUGCCACUCAUCGAACUCUCUCUGCCAAGCGCUAUGCAUGCUGGAGAAUUCCUUGGGCGAGGCUGUGCCCCAAGGAGAGCCUCAUGUUUAUACACAUCAGAGUGCCCGAGCUGGGCUCCCCGUUUUCAUCCUUCUAGAACCCAAACUGACCCAUGGAGGCCCUUCACAGAAGAUGGGGAAGACUGACUUCUGGCUCACUGGGUUCGCCAGCCCCGGCUCACUCUCUGGGCCAGAUACUGAUUUGCAGCUCAAGUGACAAGACAAGUCACAAGAGUGAAAACAUUCCAAAGAGUGAACAGUGGAGGGUGUCCGGGGAGAAACGCUUUCCAAGAAGGUGCAUUCCGCCCUGGAGAAGGCUCUGGGAGUCAGCCAGCUCAGGAAGUAUAACUCCCAGCUACACAGUAUUUACGCCAGAGGCCAUGGGGGUGGGCUGGGGGUGCCACUGUUUGACCUUCUAACGCCUUCUCGUUGACUGUUCUCCCCUCUGAACUUGACAAUUAGCCAUGGACAAGUGCAUGUUGCCCUAACUUCCUCCUUCCCCCUACCUGCGCCUCUACCCCCAAUUCUAGAACAGCAAGACGGAGACCUGCAGAGGGAUUCUGUAAGAUUGUUCUUUCCCUCACCUCCAUGGAGAACCAAAACCAAGAUCGCACUCCACGGUUUGAAUGGUCUGUGGGUUUCCAGUGAUGGGAUUUGUUUUAGAAAAUCCUAUCUGCUUUCCCUCUCCCUACCCGCCAAACAAGCAAACGUUUAUUGGGUGCCCGACUAUGGGCCAGGCCCUGGGAUGGGGACAGGCCAGACAAGGUCUGUGCUCUCAUCUUCUUUCCAAAGCGAGAGAUACAGCCAGGCCAAGGGGCCAUUGGACCACCUGUGCUGAGCACUCUAUGGGGGAAAUGCGGCAGGUGUAGGAACACAGAGGGGGAAUCUCACCCAGACUGCAGAGGGGACGGAGGGAUUGCCAGGCCUGUGUCCUCCGAACGGAGAACAAAAGGAAAGAUAGGAGCUAGCCAAGGGGGUAGGGGUGGAAGGCAUUUUGGGCAGCAGGAAGUAGAAGUUGGGUGGCAGAAGUGGGGCCGUAACACAAUUAGGAAACUGCACAGCGCCUUGCCCUCUCUUUCCUGCUUCCCACCUGCCAGAGUGCCACCUCUCCGGGGGCCACACCGAGGUCAUGGACUGGAAGGGAGUUUCCAGGGGACCCACCAAGCAGAGAGCACCCAUGCGGCAAGUGUUCCCAGAACCUGGGGCUUCUGGUAGCAACCAGAGGCUCUUGGGUGACAGACCCGGAGGCUGCCCCAGGCCAGGCCAGAGGCCCAGUGGAGCGCAUUUGAUAAUAAGGUGUGAAGGAAGGGCAUCCUGCACUAGAAUCACCGUUGGCUUGAGCUGCCUCCCUUCCCUGAGGCUUCUGGGCCCGCCUCCCCUGUCACCAUGGCAACCUCUCUCUCUCUCUCUCUCUCUCUCUCUCUCUC